AUGCUUUUUCCUGUUUAUACCUCACAUCAGGAGUUACCUGCGAGACUAUCAUUUUACUCUGGCCAUUCUUCUUUCUCCAUGUACUGCAUGCUCUUCCUAGCACUUUACCUUCAGGCCAGAAUGAAAGGAGACUGGGCAAGACUUGUACGUCCUACUCUACAGUUUGGCCUUAUUGCUGCAUCCAUCUAUGUGGGUCUCUCGCGUGUUUCCGACUACAAGCACCACUGGAGUGAUGUUUUAACAGGACUCAUUCAGGGAGCAGUGGUAGCUGUGCUCGUUGUUGUAUACGUGUCUGACUUCUUCAAAGUGAGAGGAUGUACAUUUCAACCAAAAGAAGAUUCCCAUACAACCCUACAUGAGACUCCAACAAAUGGAAAUCACUUUGGCAGCAAUCAUCAGCCAUGAAGAAUGACCCACCUCACCUGUCUUGCUCUCUGAAAGGAAAAUGAUUUCACAAGUCUAACUAUGUAAUAUAAGUAAAUGCCUUUAAGGGACUGCUGCUGCUCUUGAAUGCUCACUUUACCUGUACAUAGUAACAUCUACCACAGUUACUGUAUAUCUAAACUUUAA